AUGUUCGUCCCACGCGGAGCUCUGGUACCAAGCAUUUUUAAUCUUAAUUUGCGAUUUCAUGACUUGAUUACGAAUUUCAGUUUUCCUAUUGAAAUUAAUAUAUCAUCGAUGUUGAAAUUAGAAUAUCAACAAUAUUAUUUUGAUAUUAUUGAGAUCAACACGCAUCGAAUUAAUUCACUUUGUUUAUCAAAUAUAUUCGUCUAUGGCCUUGUGCAAUCGCCUAUUCGAAUGCUUUCGGAAUAUUGUCAACUUAACAGACUCAUUUUUGAUAAUACUCAAUCGAAAUAUUUGAAAAAUUUUCUUCUUCAAUUAAUGUCUUUGUCAACCCUUACUUCGUUGACUGUUAUUUCGCUUGAUGAUGUCAAUGAUAAAAAUCUUCUCUAUCGCCAAAUAUUUCGUUGA